AUGUUGAAUCAACCGACGGAAACCCUCAAAACUCUCAUCGACUCAGGAGCCACGUCAAACUUUAUCUCCCCCUCAAUUGUGGAAAAAUACAAAAUCCCAAAAACCCUACUCAAAAAUCCACAAGUAGUGAGAAUGCUAGAUGGUACUAUAUCUCAGACUGGUUGCAUUUGGCACCAGGUUCAACUCGCGGUCUCGGCCAAUGGCCACUCCCACACUAUCCCUUUCCUUGUUUGCCCCAUAGGCAACACACCGGCCAUCCUAGGCAUGACAUGGUUAACGGCAGAAGCUCCUUUAAUCGAUUGGCAACAGGGACUAGUAUCCUUCCCUGAACAAGUUCAAAUUGCCUCCGAAGAAGAAGCGGACUUAGAUCCUUUAGCAGACCUCCCCCCUCAGUACCACAAGUUUGCUAAAGUCUUUGGCGAAGAGGAAUUCAAGGUCCUCCCUCCACACAGGGAGUAUGACAUCUCCAUUGACCUUGUCCCUGAUGCCAAGCUCUCCCCUGGACCAAUUUAUGGUAUGACCAACGCCGAGUCCAAGGCCCUCAAGCAACAUAUUGAGGAAGAAUUAGCCACAGGCAAAAUCCGCCCCAGUACCUCCUCAGCAGGCGCCCCGGUUAUGUUCGUCAAAAAGGCAGAUGGCUCUCUCAGAUUGGUAGUCGACUAUAGGAAGUUGAAUGAUGUCACGCAUAAAAAUGUCUACCCGCUCCCCAGGCAAGAUGACCUCAUGGCCAAAUUAAGGCAUGCCAAGAUGUUUACCAAACUAGACCUUUGUUGGGGUUAUAAUAACGUCAGGAUUAAGGAAGGAGAUGAGUGGAAGACGGCCUUUAGGACCAAGUAUGGGCUAUUCAAAUAUCUGGUCAUGCCCUUUGGUCUCACCAAUGCCCCGGCUGCCUUCCAACAUUUCAUGAAUGACUUGUUCAGAGACCUCAUCGACGUCACAGUGGUGAUCUACUUGGAUGACAUCCUCAUCUUUUCAGAGGAUCCCAAAAAGCAUCCAGAACACGUUAGGGAAGUCCUACAGAGACUAAUGAAAAACCAGUUAUUCUGCAAGCUCUCGAAGUGUCACUUCCAUGUCACUACCGUCGAUUACCUUGGCAUUGUCACAUCCCCUGCAGGCUUCUCCAUGGACCAGAAGAAGAUUGAGGCCGUUACAUCAUGGCCCCGACCUAAAACAGUCAAACAGGUCCAGGCCUUCCUAGGAUUCGUGAACUACCUUCGCCGAUUCAUCCCCAACUUUAGUUCCGUGGCUCGCCCCCUCCAUAACCUCACCAAAAAGGAAACCCCUUGGUCAUGGGGUAGCCUAGAGGAAGUAGCGUUCCAGGAGUUGAAAUCCCUUGUGACCCGGUUGCCCGUCCUCAUUCACUCUAACCCGGACCUCCCUUACUACCUUGAAACGGACGCAUUGGGAGUAGCCAUGGGAGCCAUACUCAGUCAACAAGGCCCAGAUAAUCGGUUACAUCCCAUUGCCUACAUGUCAAAAUCCUUCUCAGGAGCCAAAGCAAAUUACGACACCCAUGACAAGGAACUCCUGGCAAUUAUCAAGGCAUUAGAGGAAUGGCAAAUUUUCCUUGAGGCAACAGACAAACCAAUCCAGGUUUUCACAGAUCAUAGAAACCUGGAAUACUGGAUGCAGGCACGGACAUUUAACAGAAGGCACGCGCGUUGGCGGAUCUUCCUGAGCGACUUCAACUUUGAGAUCCACUAUUGCCCAGGGAAACAGUCAGGAAAACCGGAUGCUCUCUCCAGAAGAUUGGAUUACAUUGAUACGACACCAGAGCCAGAAGUCAUGUUGCCUGCAGAAGUCUUUGCCAACACGUCAGAAGAAGAACUGGAAAUUGUCACGGAGAUCCGCGCCAAGCUUAGGGAGGACCCAUCCCUAGAUCCCAUUAUCCAAUUCCUCACAGAAGAUGCGGACAAUGCCCCCCCUUCAAUUUGUAAGGCAUACAGAGAUUAUGACUGGGAAGAAGACCUCCUCUGGUACCGCGGUAAACUAGUUGUCCCAGACUUGGAAACCCUGAAGGAACAACUACUCAAGGAAUUCCACGACUCACCCCUGGCUGGGCACCCUGGACAGCAAAGAACCCUGGAGCUCCUAAGCCGCAACUACUGGUGGCCGGGUAUGAAGUCAUCCGCCAAGGAAUGGGUAGAAUGUUGCCCUACCUUUCAAGCCAAUCGCCGCGCUCACGCCCCUGUCAUUGCCCUGAAACCCUUAGAAGUUCCCCCCUUCCCGUUCCACACAAUUUCCUAUGACUUCAUCACAGGAUUUCCCAAGUCUAACGGACACGACGCAAUCUUGGUAGUAAUUGACUCCUUCUCCAAGUUUGGACAUUUUAUCCCAACUUCCAAAAAGGUCACCGCAAAGGGUCUUGCUGACUUGUUCAUCACUCACGUCUGGAAACUCCAUGGAUUGCCGGUCAAAACCAUCUCAGAUCGGGGAACUACCUUCACCGGGAAAUUCUUAAGGGCCCUCUACCAACGGCUUGGAGUCAAACCAGCGUUUUCCUCUGCGUACCACCCUGAAUCAGACAGGCAGACAGAAAGAGUGAACCAGUUUAUCAAGUUUUACCUACGCUCCUACGUAGCCGCUGACCAUUCUGACUGGGCCACUUGGCUGCCUUUGGCUGAGUACGCUUACAACAACGCCAAACACGCGGCAACCGGGAAAACGCCCUUCAAACUUGUCUAUGGACGGAACCCGGUAAUGAAUCCCUCCAACGUCCCAGCCAACGUCCCAGAAGCAGAUGCGGUGGCAGACACAUUAGCCCAAGAAUGGAAAGAAGCCAAAUCAGCCCUCAGAAUGAGCAAAGAAUGGAUGGCCAGGGACAAAGGAAUAAUACCGGAGUAUUCAAUAGGCGAAAAGGUCUGGUUAGAUGGGAAGAAUGUGGAACUAAGGACCAAUUCAAAUAAAUUGGACCCUAAACGACUUGGGCCCUUCAAAAUCAUCGAGAAGGUCUCCAGCCACGCCUAUCGUCUAGAGUUACCAGAGACCUUGAAAAUCCAUGACGUCUUUUAUGUUGGGUUAAUCUCCAGAGUCCACGAAUCCCCAAACCAGCCAUUCCCGGAACAACCUCCCCCUGAAACAAUAGAGGGAGAAGAGGAAUACGAGGUUGAGCAAAUCAUUGACUCCAAGCGACAACGGGGUAAAUGGUUCUAUUUAAUAAAAUGGAGAGGUUACGGUCCAGAAGACAACUCCUGGGAACCCAAGGAACUACUGGAACACAGCCAGGAAGAGAUCAAGCGCUUCAACCAGGCAAGACUCAGAAAGGCUUGUGACGCCGCCAAGAGCCUUUAA